GAUCACAAUCUAAAAUUCUACUAUAAGUUAUUGUAAGAAAAACAAAAUAGACGACAGUGUAAUAUUUCAUCAAUAAAAUUGAGUCAGCAAACAUUGGACUUAAGAGUUACCCCUACGUUAAAAUAGUACAAAUUCCAAAUGUUGACCCCCCAAAAAAGUAAAUUUGCACAAAUCAUCCAUGUUUUAAGUUAAAAUAAAAACUCGGUGGAUCUAUACAUACAAAAUUCAGUACACAAACAGCAACAUUAACUUCUGCUGAUUCCUUCUUUGAUUCAGGUUUCGUUGUGAUGAGUGAUGACUAGAGAACAAGUCGCCAUAUAGCCUGUUGCAAUUUGUAGUGAAUCAUAGAGGAAACAGAAGAAUAUAGAGAUGUUUUCAUUGUUUUAUGGACUAUACAAAUACAUGUUUAGCAAGACAGAGUUUCAUGUCCUUAUUCUUGGAAUUGACAAGGCUGGGAAAACGACAUUGUUAGAGAAAUUAAAGUCACAAUACUCAAACUUGGAAGGCCUGCCACCAGAUCGUAUUGUUCCAACUGUGGGGCUCAAUAUUGGUCGUGUUGAAGCAUCAAAUUCAAAGCUUGUGUUUUGGGAUUUAGGAGGUCAGCCUGGUCUUCGCUCGAUCUGGGAGAAGUAUUAUGAAGAGGCACAUGCUGUGAUAUUUGUUGUUGAUGCUGCUUGUCCAUCACGCUUUGAGGACUCCAAAUCUGCACUUGAAAAAGCUCUCCGGCAUGAGGAUCUGCAAGGAGCACCACUUCUGAUAUUAGCAAACAAGCAGGACCUUGCAGAUGCUGUAUCAGCGGAAGAACUUGCUCGGUAUCUGGAUCUCAAGAAACUCGAUGAGAGAGCUUACACCUUUCUAGCUGUUUCAGCCUAUGAUGGGUUAGGAAUUAAGGAAAGUGUGAAUUGGCUCGUAGAUGUAAUGGAGAGGAGUAAGAGAACUGAAAUGUUGCAAAUCCGAGCAGGGGCAAACCUUAGUUCAACUUAGAAGGAAUCCUCCAUAUCGCAAUAAUUAUUACCAUACCAUUCCUGUAACUUUUGUAAGUAAAUCAGGUUCACAUUUUAAUCCCUUGUUACCUGAUAUUGGAAUUUCGCCAGUGAUACGUGUAAAAUGUGCUGUUAACCUCCACACUGCAACAAUGGGUGAAGUUUACCUUCAAAUUAUGCUUCCUCCUUAUAAAGUCUCUGAUUCUCACCGUCGAUGACUUGUAUCGCUUUUCAUUCUGAAUGGAAACCAGUUUAUCCACUACAUUCAUAUGAUACCGAUGGGUGAGAUGGAGCAUGUGGCAAGAUAUUUCUUUUAUUUGACAAUGUCAAGAACAAUAUAAGAGUAAGAUUUCUGACUA